CCUAAGAAAGGGGGGGUGUUUCCCUGUGGUCCCCAGUCUUAACACUUUGCAGAGAACUGAGACGCCACACUGAGCUCUGGAAGCUAGCUGUGACAGACAAAAGCCACACACACGUACAUACUCAAAAUGGAUUGCAAAGUUCUGGCGGUCGUGACUCUUUUGGCGGUGACCAUUUGGAGCCCGGAAACUGACGCAAAGCCCAUCAGUUUGGUUGAGAGAUGCUGGUGCCGGUCGACUCUAAACACCGUCCCGCAGCGGAGCAUCCGAGAGAUCAAGUUCCUCCACACACCCAGCUGCCCCUUCCAAGUCAUUGCCAAGCUGAAGAACAACAGAGAGGUCUGCAUCAACCCCAAGACCAAAUGGCUGCAGCACUAUCUAAAGAAUGCCAUUAACAAAAUAAAGGCCAAGAAACGUUCAGAGUAAACUAACAGAGAUACGGAGAGGACCAGUGUGAAUCUAACAUGCAAAGAGACAUAUGAAACUCGUCCAUUCUCUCUCUCUCUCUCUCUCUCUCUCUCUCUCUCGCUCAGAGUUCUCUCUAUUUGGACUGCUUGCACAAACAGCACUUCACCUGAUCCUGCCUCUCGCACCCAGGCAGCCAGCAGCUCACCAAAACACAGCCCAUCACCUUCAUUCUGCAGCACUGAUACCGUUAGAUGUGUGUGUGUGUGUGUAUGUGUGUGUGUGUGUGUGUGUACGGACUGAAUGUGUUUUUUGAUAUUUCAGAGAUAUUUACAGGUUUUUGCUACUUAAGAGACAGUAAAUGAAGAGUUUGUGGAUUUGUGUCAUAGCCGUGAAGGACUUUGGGAAUUAUUUGAGAUUGUUUAUGAGGGAGAGAAGGAGAAUAGUAAUGUAGAAAAGUGGGAAAAAAAUCAAAUCAAUGCCUCAUAUUUACACAGUGCUUAAGGGUCUGCACACCAGCUCUAUUACAACAAUGAAAGUCUUCCUCUCUUUUACCGGUGUGUGAACUCAGAGGAACACCAAACACUGAAUUUCAACAUAUAUGCAGUUUAUAGAGCAGAUAUAUACUAUACAGGUAUUGUUAAUGCGAUCACGCCACGGCAGCUUAAAACUUCAGACUUUUGAGUGCCCUUGUUGUGGGUCACACCGGUUGCGAUUUGGGUCAAACUAGAACAAUUGGCAAAUGGUUUCGUGUAAAUAUUCUCCAGCACUAUACGGCUGUCUGUGAACAUGGGUUGAAUGGGGACCAAACCUGAAACACGAAAAUGCAAGGGAUUAGUCGACUAAAUUAAUAUUAGUAUGUAUUGCGAAUAUAUCAUCUUUAGCCACGGCAUUAUGGGACAUAACUGUGAUUUUUGUGAGACUAACGUGUUUAGCUAACAAACUUUAUUUCCGUUCUUAACGUUUUGACUCGAAUGCCCGAAUGCUGUUACUUUGUGAGCCACUUUAAAAAUGUAAUAAGUUUCUAAUGUAAUGAUUUAUUUUUGUAUUUUGUAUUGUUUAAUACGAAUAAAAACACAAUACAGUUUGAAAGAUGUUGUAGAGUGUCGCAUAUACCCACAUAUUUCAAAUUACAGCGAAUUUGCCGAUUUCUUGAAUGUUGCAGCAAGGCAAUUGAAUAAAAUGUCUUUUACAGUUGACUACACUGUCAAAACAAUUUUAUUUUUUACAUUUAUAAUACAUUUAUUACAUGUGCACAAUACUACUCGAAUAAUAAGGUGAUUCUCAGAUCUCACGAAAUCUUGGUUUUAAGUUGUCAAGCGUGAUUUUCUUAAAAACACUUGCAUCAACAAAUGUAUUUUUGAUUCAUUAAAAAUAAGGUAUGACAUGUUUGAAUCAUUAAUUUCAAAACUUUCACUGACAGUUUAACACAAUUUUGAAUUGUUUUUACAAAAAAGGCCUAAAAAACCUCAUUACCGUAACCUUUUAAAACUGUCAAUCCCAUAGCAUGUUUUGCGAAAAACAACCAAAGCCAUGAUGCCGAAGCAAGUUUUUAUUAAUCAUACAUUAUUAGACAUUAAUAAGUCAUAUUUGAUCAACAAAUUAUACAUGAAACAUACAUUAAAUGCGGAUAACUACGUGUAUUAGUAUUAUAGAAGGAAGAAAUCGUGUACACUGCGUGGCAAGAGAAAAUUAAGCUUUUAACUAGAAAAAUAAAGUAAUCUCUUAACCUUGCGAAUGUGUUUCUUUAAAUAAAAUCGAACUUAAUGUAAAUAUCUUUGUGUGUGUGUAAACAGUUCUUUAAAUACGUUACAGAGGAUGAGAACAUCAGUCAUGGACACUUCUUUUUUUCACUAUUGUUAUUAUACAUGAAUAUUCUGUCAAUUGUUUUUUUUUGUCAUCUGAAAACAUCUAGUAGAACAUUCAAUAAGUUUUUCUUAAUAUUUUAAUUUUUCUCCGUUUUAAGUACAACAUAAAAUGCCAUGUUACAGUAAAGAGAAUUUUAGCAGAAAAACAAAUCAAAUACAUUAAUGAUUCAUUUGUAUGUUAAAAUGAUGCUAUGUGCAAGGUAAAGAACACAAUUAGGUUUAUGAUGAUCAUUUUUGUGUUACCGAACUAUAUGUUUAUAAUUAAAAUCAUUACUGCCAUGAUGUUUCAGUGGUUUGUGAGCAUGACACAAAUUAAUGACGGGUGUUUAAAGGUAACUCUAUCGCCCCCUU